GAACCAGUACUUGUAGCGGGGCGCGAGGCUUUCUGUAGCUGCAUGAGAGCUUUCGCGUGAAUGGCUGGGUGCAGGCUCGAGCUCCUGUUAGUCCUGACUUGGACUCUGCUGCUGGUGUCCGUCCAGGGGUGGGAGCGCAUAAAUGAAACUCAGCUUCGCAGUUUGUAUGAGCCCGGAGAGAGGGGCGAACCACAUGACCCUACAGAUUACAGUAGUGGCCUUGACCAGGGUGAAGCUAAAAUUCUUGAAGAUGUGGUCCUUGAAGCCGAAGGUGUUGCCAGCAGUGAAAACUUUGACGCCGAUGUUGACUAUGAUGACUUGGACAUAGAUGAUUCUAGACCCACGCACUAUGGUGGUGGUGUGGACCAUGGGGUCAAGGUAAAAUUUGAAGAUGAGCCUCCAAGGAGCUGGCCAGGCAGUUGUAAUCCAACUGCUUCUGAUCUAGAAGUUGUUUGCAGUGAAAGUGGCUUCCAAAUUACUCUGCCAACAAGACCUUUGAGUGCGGUCAAGGUGUUUGGCUCUGGGGACAGUCUGCUGCCUAUUGUUGGUGCUCCAGAAAACUGUGGUUAUGAAGUGGAUCCGCUGAAGAACACCUUAACUGUAGCCUUCAAUGGAUGCAAUGUGGAGCGGCAUGCCAAUGGCUUCAGUCUGCAGCUCUUGUACACCGAUACACUUGGUCAGAAACGAGUAUCGACCACAUCUUGCAACAAGUUUGAUCCAGACAUGUUGCCACGUUCAGGUGGUGGGCCCUUGAUGUGUGUUAAACUGGUCAGAGAUCCAGAAGCGCUGGUUCCACCAGCAAUGUUACCAGUUCCUCCUGUACCACAACCAGGAUUGCCCCAACCAGCAUUCCCUCAAUCAUCACCAACAUUAAGACAAAAUUGCGGCAUCCCUGUGGGAGAGCAGGUGAGAUGUGGUCAUUAUGGAAUAUCUGUCUCAGAAUGUCAGGCCAUGGGCUGUUGUGUGAAUUUGCUAGCAUCUGUCUGCUACUACCCACUUGAAGAGUGCACAGUUGAUCAACAUUUUGUAUUUGCCAUUCGGUACAAUUCUGCAUCCAUCCCUGUGGAUCCUACCAGACUGAUUGUUCCUGGAAAUCCAGAGUGUAAACCAGCCAUUGUUAACAACCAGGUUGCCAUCUUUAAGUUCAAAGUUACAGAAUGUGGAACCCAUUCUUACGAUGUUGGUGAGGUGACAAUAUACCUGGCUGAAGUGCAGAGUAUUGUUCACGCUCUCAAUCUAAAGUAUGGUGUCAUUACAAGAACUGAUCCACUCAGAUUCCUGAUUGAGUGCCGCUAUAACAAAUGGGGCACUGCUCAGUCAAUGGCUAGUGUUGGCUACAUGGUGAAGACCCCACCUUCCAGUAUGCCUUCUUCAGUCAUCUCCAACAGUUUAUAUGGUGUCGAGUUGAGAAUUGCUAAAGAUGAGACUUAUUCAAGUUUCUAUGACCAUCACCAUCAGCCCUUGCGGCUGCUCCUUGGCCGCCCUGUGUAUCUUGAGUUGCGCCUCAGCUCUCCUAACGCAGAUGCAAUAAUUCUUGUGAAUUACUGCCUGGCAUAUCCUCGUUCUGCAAAAAAUGCUCUGGUGCUAAUCUAUGAAGGGUGUGCCAAUCCUCAUGAUCCACAUGUGUCCAUACUUAAAGUCAGCAAUGUUCCUGGAGUGAAUCAUGAAAAACGCUUUAUAGUGAGUGCCUUCCAGUUCAUGGAUCAAAGGACAAACAAGUACCUAAAUGAAGAGAUUUAUUUCAUGUGCUCUGCAGAAGUUUGUCUGCCAGCAGAAAAGAGAUGUGAUGAGCGCUGCUUUGAUGGGAGGGUUCAAUAAGGAUUUGAUCUGGACACAUUUAACUAAGAAAAUAAAGCCUUUUUAUUCACUA